GGUGGGGCCAUCUCAAUGCAGCCCCUGGCCAUGCUGCCUCUGCUGCUUCUGCUGCUGAUGGGUAUGAAGGGUGGGCAUGGGUGCCAGGGCCCAGAACCAGACAGGGAGCUGGUGCUGGCCAAAGUGAGGGCCCUGGUGCUGGAUGCUUUGGCCUCCCCCAAUGCCUCCAAGAAUGGUGGUGAGCCUGGGGUCCGGCGCCUGCUCCGCAGACAUACCCACGCCUCAGGACGCACACGCAGAAGCAUGGAAAAUGAAGAUGAGGACCUAUCCCAGGUCAUCCUUUUCCCAACCACAGGUCCUGGCUGUGAGGAUGAACCAGAGACUGGGGAGGAUGAGGGCCUGUUCACAUACACAUUUCGGCCUUCCCUGCACAUGCGAAGUCGCCAGGUGACAGCUGCCCAGCUGUGGUUCCAUACUGGCCUGGACAGUGUGGGGGCCAAAGUCCACAAUGACUCGGGCCCCACCGUGACACUGCUGGCCAUGUCUUCAGGGGGACCCACUGCAGUGCCAAUAUUACUGGGCCCAGCCCCACCUCACUGGGCCGUGCUUCAUCUGGCAGCCCCUGCAUUCACGCUGCUGACCCGUCCCCUCCUGGUGCUGCUGCUUCGCUGCCCAAACUGCCCCUGCCUGGCCCGGCUUGAUGCCACCCCCUUUCUGGUGGCACACACUAGGGCCCGCCCACCCAGUGUGGGGGAGAGGGCUCGUCGCUCCCCUCUUCCGCCCCCCUGGCCCUGGUCUCCUGCUGCCCUGCGUUUGCUGCAGCGUCCUUCAGAAGAUCCAGCUGCCCAUGCUGACUGCCAUCGGGCUGCCCUCAACAUCUCCUUCCAGGAACUUGGCUGGGACCAGUGGAUUGUUCACCCGCCUAGCUUCAUCUUCCAUUACUGCCAUGGGGGCUGUGGGCUGGUCCCCUUCCCAGUCCUGUCUCCUGGGGCCUCCCUCACACCUUCUCAGCCCCUGCCCCUGGGCCCAGGCUCCCGACUCUGCUGUGCUGCUUUGCCCAGCACCAUGAGACCCCUACGUGUCCGUACCACCUCAGACGGAGGCUACUCCUUCAAGUAUGAGACAGUACCCAACCUCCUCACUCAGCACUGUGCCUGCAUAUAGGGAGAUCCCUCCCCAAGUUAGGGCCUAACUUCCCCAUUAAUGCUGGUGCUGGCCACAACGACAGAGAGGAGACAAGGUCAAAGGACAUAUUCUCAACCCCUACUCUCAUCUCCUAGAACUGGGUCCUCCCUGUCCAAGGUCACCUUCAUUGAUUGUAAACCAAUUAAUAAACAGUUCAGCAUAACUGACUAGAGACAAUGGCCUGGAGAAUGACCCCUCUCCCCCCCUUCCCAGAGGUAUGUGGGGGAGAACUGGAGCAUAAAAUUCUAGGGACUGUGUGCAGUUGUAAAUCUAACUUGUAAAUUCCCAAAUCGCAAAGCACUGAUUGUGGUAGCAGAGAUCAGAAUAUAAAGGGCUUUGACUAUAGGUCUGCCAGAAAGUUGCAGCUUUUUGAGAUGAUGCACAAGUGAGCCUCCCAUGGUCACUUGGAUGAGAGAUAGCUUCAGUCUUUAGGGCAACUUAAACCUUCCUCCCUCCCUUCCCCCCAGGUGGUCCCCAGCACUUUGUACUGCUGGUCUCUUUGGCAGAGACCUUCCUGUUCCCAUAUUCUUGAGACCUUCUAAGCGCCCUCCCAUUCAGGCCACUACUGAGAUUUUUAGCAGGCCCCAUGUAGCCCUCAGCAGAAGAUGCCCACGAGUAGAAAUCAGCUGGUGACCGAAGGGUAUGAAUUUCCCCAAGCUUGCUGAGGUCCCAUGUUCCUGCUUGGCUCCUGCUCCAGCUUCUUCCCCAACUAAACAGGGAGCAAUGCUUCUUGGGGGCCAGGGGGACAUACUGCCCUGUGUUCACCCAAUCUGUUUAGCCCUGGGGAUGUGACAAGACCUAGAAGCUGAGGCUUCCAAAGAAGUCCACAGG